UUUGAAGGUGGUUCAUGUCACAUUGUCUAGGCGGUCAGUUUUGUACACUAGUGCAUGCUGGCUAUAUACAUUCGUAAAUGAAUUUACUCAAGUAGUGUCAUUCUGCCUCUGAAUGAGGAACUGCAUCUGGCUUGAAGUGCUCAAGCUGUAUGCAAACCGUGACCCCUGAUGUCAACAUUGUGAUGUUGAAACGUGAUGCUUAUUAAUCUGAAACUACACUUCUUCACUCAGACUAAGCACAGAAACAUGGAUAAGACAAUCUUCUUUAUGCUCUGGGUUAUCUUUGGCAACAUUGAACUGAUCCAGAAUGUACAUGGACAAGCAUCCUGUUCAUCUAGUCCAACUACGUUUUUAACAUCAGCAGAUGACUAUUGUGAGCCGUGCUGGAUAGGAUAUGAAGGAAAAUGCUAUAACUUAUCUACUAACACAAAAAGAUGGCAGAAUGCCUUUUUGGAUUGUGUAAAGAAGAACUCAAGUCUUAUUGUCAUUAACAGCAAGGAAGAACAGAGCUUUUUGAAAAAUCUGACAAAUUCACUGGGCUCCUGGAUUGGUCUUCGCUCUAAGGCUGGAACCUGGCAAUGGGUAGAUGGAUCUGUCUAUAAUGCCUCAUCAGUAUUUUGGGAAAAUGGUUAUCCAAAAAUCAGUGCUGGACAAACAGACAAAUGUGUACGCAUUUCAGCAUCUGGUGAAUGGAGUGAAGACACAUGCGGAAUACUUCAUUAUUUUGUUUGUGAAAAAGGUGCUAAUGUACAUACUGUGAACAAUAUAUGCCCUAAAAAUGCAGAAAGUCACAACACCAAUGGAAGUUUUUAUUGCACAUGUAAACCUGGAUUUAAGACGAAAUCAGGGAUAAUAAGCUUUACUAGUCCACAAGAGAUAUGUGAAGAUAAUAAUGAAUGUGACAACUCCAGCUGGUGUCCUGUCAACACAGAAUGUUACAACACCAUUGGAAGUUACUAUUGCAAGUGCAAAUCAGGAUUUCUACCUCAAGGAGGGGAAAGGAAUUUUACUGAUCUGUCUGAGAUCUGUAAAGAUGUCAAUGAAUGUGUUACCUCUAACAGUUGUCCUUAUAAUGCACAAUGUCACAAUACUGAUGGAAGUUUCUACUGCACGUGUAAUUCUGGAUUUGUGUCGCAGUCAAGGGAAGUUAACUUCACUAAUCCAGGGGUGCCUUGUGAAGAUUAUGAUGAAUGCAAUGCCUCCAACGUAUGUCCUCUCAAUGCAGAAUGCCACAAUACAAUUGGAAGUUUUUUCUGUGUGUGCAAAUCUGGAUUUAAGACUCAGACAGGAGUGACUAAUUUUACUAGCCCACAAGCAGGAUGUAAUGGUCAGCCAUGCCGCUGUUGCCCUGAGUCUCAGAGUCCAGGUGAUCAGCAAUGUUCUACUGUAAAUCUCGUUCUGAAAGAAACAAGUCAGGGGAUAAUUAACAGAUUGUCCAAGGCUAGACUAAAUACUACGACUUCUAAAGACGAGAAAAGACAACAACAAAAAGAAGUAACAAAACUACUAAUGGAUGUGGAAAAAUCUGUCUUGAAUGAUAUAUUGUCAUCACUGAAUUCAAAUGGAAAACAAGAACAUACAAUAAUACAUCAUACGAAUAAUACCGUUAUUGUUGCCCAAUUUGUGCCAUUUGAUAGCAGCAAACCCGAUGAAAAUGUGAGCCUAACUGCAGAAAGUACCACUAUGACCAUUAGGAAAAGCACAAUGACUGAAGGAACAGAAGGAGGAGUCCCUCCUGUUGCUGUGCUGAUAUCAUUCCCUGGAUAUGACAUUGAAUCUGUUCUCUCUGGUGGUAGUGUAGGUAAUAAGGACACAGGCAAUGUGAAAUAUGAGAUGAAUUCAAAAGUAAUUGCUGCAACAAUUUCAAGCAAAAACAAGAAGAAUCUGAAUCAUCCAGUAACUUUUACAUUUCAUAAAAUAAAGACUGAAGAAGAUAAGCUGCAAACAUCUACCUGUGUCUUCUGGAAAACCGACGACACAAACAGAAGCUACUGGUCGACUGAAGGAUGUUUUCUUUCUAAUGAAGGCUCCAACAGAACCCAUGUGACAUGUGAAUGUAACCAUUUAAGCAGCUUUGCUGUCCUGCUGGCACAUAUAGAUAUCGAUGAGAAGCCACUUACAAUAAUUUCCUACAUUGGACUUACCUUCUCAGUUAUUUGCUUGACCAUUUCAGUUGCGACAUUUUGGUUCUGUAAGUCCAUUCAGAAUGCAAGCACCACUCUCCUCCUCAACCUUUGUAUCUGCCUGCUCAUAGCGGAUAUUCUUUUCCUUUUUGGCAUCACCCAAACAAGAUACGAGACACUUUGCAGAGUUAUUGCAGCUUUCCUCCAUUACUUUCUCUUGGCUUGCUUCUCCUGGAUGCACCUGGGUGCACUGCAGCUCCACCUUAUGGUACAAAACCUUAAGGCAGUCAAAGCCUUACGAACUCACAUCAUUCGAAGCAAAUACAUGUAUCCUGUUGGUUAUGGAGUACCUGCCAUUAUUGUGGCUAUUUCUGCUGCUGUCUUUCCUCAUGGAUAUGGAAGAAAAAAUGUAUGCUGGCUGAGUCUGAAAAGAGGUUUUCAUUGGAGUUUUGUAGGGCCUGUGUGCUUUGUAAUCUUGAUGAAUGUAAUUCUGUUUGCCAUAACUAUUCAUAUGUUGAGAGAGAAAUUUAUGUCACUCAACAAAGACAUAUCAACCAUCAAGAAUACAAAAAUGCUUCUAUUUAAAGCUAUUGCUCAGUUCCUUGUUUUGGGGUGCACAUGGAUAUUUGGUAUCUUCCAGUUUCAAGAAGCGACCCUUGUGAUGUCAUACCUCUUCACAUUACUGAACAGCUUCCAUGGAGUCUUUAUAUUUUUACUCUACUGUGCUGCUAAUAAACUGGUUAUGGAUGAGUACAAAACUUUGCUACGAAGAAUCUUCAGAAUAAAGAAGAAAGACAAAGAAAGAGAAACAUCCACCACCACCACCACCACUGCCAUGGCAGCAACUACAUCACCAAAACGUGCUGUAACCACCACCACUAGUAUCACGGCAACAUGUCCAUCACCAAAACAUACAAAAGAAGCUCGUGUAUCAGAAUGGAUAAAAGAUACACCAAGUACAUCAGAAAAGGAUGAUGACUCAAAGCUCUGAAACAAGUGACAUAUAUAUGUACAUUUUAUUUAAUGUUUCUCUGCUCAAAACUGUAAUAUGUUUCUGUAUUUUAGCUGCAGUUUUAUCACUGCCUUU